AUGCAGGGUUCGCGGAACCUUCUCUCGUCGUCGAAUGACGUCACAGUAGCCAUCACUAGUCACGACUGGAAAGGUAUUGCGAAGGGUGUCGGCGCCGGCAAAAGCACCGUGGAUGGCGGGAACGAUUUUGACGGGGUGGAUAGCUGGCGAGGCGCGUUCGCCGGGGAGGUGGUGACGGUGGAAGAGGUCCUAGAAGAACCGCGAGAAAUGGAACAGAGUAAAGACAAGCGGGGAAAAUCGGAAAAAUGGAAGGUGGGGAAAAAGCGAGGGGGGGAUGCGACGGGAAAGCGGCGCGUGGGUGAUCAGGGUAGGAAAAAGGGGAAAGGACUGGAUGUUGAGAUUGCGGAGAAGGGGAAAGAGAAGAAUCGGGAAGAUAAGAUGGUGAUCAAAGUUGGUGGGUUGACCAAGGAUGCGAAGAACGACGCCCGCGAGAAGAUAAGCGAGAAAGGCGAGGAGGAAUUGAAGGGGCCGGAAAGGGGAACGGAGAGGCAGCGUGAUGAGCGGUUGGAGGAAGGGAGGGAAAAGGAUCGCGGUGGUAAAAAGAAGAGAGAGCGGGAGAACAGCAGCACGCGGCAGGAGAGCAAGACGGAGGAGGGAGGGGGUGAGAGUGGGAGCGAUAAUUGGCAGAAGGCGGAGGUUGAGAGGAAGGCGGAGGUUGAGGGGAAGGCGGAGGUUGAGAGGAAGGCGGAGGUUGAGGGGAAGGCGGAGGUUGAGGGGAAGGCGGAGGUUGAGGGGAAGGCGGAGGUUGAGGGGAAGGCGGAGGUUGAGGGGAAGGCGGAGGUUGAGGGGAAGGCGGAGGUUGAGGGGAAGGCGGAGGCAGCUGCUGGCGUGCACGAGGGGCAACUUAGCAGUGCAGAGACACAGGCAGCCGAAGUAGGUGGAGAUGCGGCGGCUGUGGAACAGGCGGAUGCGACAGUCGAAGCGGAUGUCGCACGGGAAGCGCAUGUCGCAGGGAAAACGGAUGUCGAACGGGAAAUAGAAGCAGCGGGAGAUUCAAAGGCUACAGGCGAGGAGGGGACGGCAUCAGAGGAGGCGGAGAGGCGGGGAGUUAGCGACGCUGCAGUAAUCGCUGUAGCCGAGGGCAACCUAGGCGCACGCCUGGAGGCGCUUUGCCUUGCGCCCGCCGUCCGCGCCGUGUGGGGCGCGCGCGCACUGGGAGAGGCGGACGUGGGGAAGGCGGAAGGGGUUGAGGCGGGAGAGGUAGCCGUAGUAUGGAGUGACUCAGCGGUUGCGGAUGCUGACGUGGACGGAAGUGCUUCCGCUGGCGGCAGUCCCAAGAAGCGACCCACAGGGGAGGGGUUCUUGGAUUUAUUCAGCGGGUUUCCCGGUGUAGAUGCGCUAGGGUUAGAUGAGAAGGAUAAGGCUGUUUGGCCGAGUGUGACUGUAACGGAAACAGCCUCCACUGCUCCUCUUUUAGAGUCACGGACAGAGGUGCAAAUCUCCCUGCCUGUCUGUGUAGAAGAGGGGUCUGAAUUUGCCAAUGGGAGCGCGACAAAUGGCAGCAGCAACAGUAGCAGCGCGGAGGUGCCUGAGUUGACUCUAUCGCUGUGGUUCCCUUCUGGACUAAGCCACGUGGCAAGCAGGGACUGGACCCCCCCCGAGGCAUGUUCCGCCCUCCGCCUCUUCCAGUCAUGCCUGGGCGCUUUACAGCCCUCGCCACGUGUCACCAGAUUACUGGCCGGGGAACUGGAGGAGGAACAGGAGGAUCAGACCGAAGGAGCAGGAAACGCAGUGUCACUGUUCUCCAGGCUUAAAUCGAGUACAGCAGUGUACCUUGAGGCCAAUCAGGUGAUGCCAGGUGGCACGUGCGGAGGGUGCCCCGAGGACCCUCUACUCAACUGCACGCUUCGCACGCUGACGUGGCGCUACCUGCGCGUGCCGUCCAACUCGUCUGACGUGGACUUCACUGUAGCAGCUGCCUCUGCUACAGACGCUGCUACAGUCGCCCGCACCUUCCACCCCCUGCGCGCCCCGCUCCUCCUCCCCCACACCCGCAAGCGAAUCAGCCUUGGUUGCCCUGCCUCUCCCCCUCUUUCCGCCUCUCUUUCUUCUUCUGCUCCCUCUCCUCCUCCACUCUCUACCUCCUCGCGGCGAUUUAGCAAGAAGAGCGAGCAGCAGAGCGAAGGCGAGGAGGAGAGCGAGAGAGAGGAGCAGCGGGAAAGCGAGGUGCAGAGGGAGGGCGAGCAGCAGAGGGAGGAGGAGGAGGAGGGAACCGGGAGCAAGGAGCAGAAUGAGGUUGAGGAUGGAAGGGAGAGCGGGCAGCAGAGCGCGGGGGGGGAGAAGAGUGCGAGCGAAGGGGGUCCAGCAAAGGCAGUACGGCGAAGAUGGGUGCUGGACGAGGGAGGAGAUGCAGAGGAUGCAGGGAGUGAGGAAGCAGACGAGUUGCAAGGGGAGGAAAGGGACGAGGAAACAAGGGAGAAAGAAGAGGCAACAGGAGUAGAGGGGGUUGGGCUAGUCACGAAGAAAGAAACGGGUGACAGUGAUAGCAGCAGAGGCGGCACCCACACUAGCAGUGGGAAUGGCAGCAGACGAGGAAGAAAAGGCAGGAGCAGCACAACCCCGAGCACUAGUGGUACUGCCAGCAUCACCGCAGGCAGCGCCAGCACGAGAAGCGCUGCUGCUGCUGACCAGACGGAGUGUCAGCAGUUGCAGCUGGCGGAGCUGCUGCUGCUGUCGUCCGCUCGAGGGCUGCUUCACACGCGUCCCUCUGUGGAGGCUCUCUUCAUUGCCGCGCAGGCCAGGGCGCGGGUUAACCAGAACGCGCACUCUUCUGCUGCUGCUGCUGCUAGUAGUGACGCUGCUGCUCCUGCCGCUGCUAUUGCUAUUGCUGUGGCUUCAAGAGGUGGCGAAGCUGGUGAUUCAUUGGGAGAAGCUGGUUUCUCCACAGCACCGUUGCCUGCAUCCUCGUUUGUGGUGGACCCGUCAGUGUGUGAAGCCCCUGAGCUGGCGCCCUUCAAGAACAUGUGGUUCCUGCGGCAAUACCUCGUGGAUGAGGAGCUGAAGACGAUCUACUGCUUUGUCCCCAAGGCGGCCUGCACGAGUUGGAAGGUGUGGUUCCGCCAGCAGCACAACCUGCCCAACAUCUCCGACGUCUACCUCGCGCACGACCCCAAGCACUCGGGCCUGCACGUGCUCGCGUCCGGAUACACCGAAUCUGCCGUUAUGGCGCUCCUCACCCGCCCUGACUUCUUCAAAUUCACGUUCGUGCGCCACCCGUUUGCGCGCCUGGCGUCAGCCUACCUGAACAAGCAUGUGAACGGGGGGCCGCCGCAGGGGCGGGCGUUUUGGAACAAGAGGUUCUUCCAUGGGACGCGGCCGUUCCGGUGGCUGGUGGAGCAUCAAGGAGGGUCGGACUUGCUGCAGUUUGGGGACUUUGUGGGGCUGCUGCGGACCAUGUUCAAGAGGAGACGCCGUACCAUGGACCCCCACGUUGCCCCGCAGGUGGAUGUCUGUCGGCUGAACGACAUUCGGUUUGACUUUGUGGGUCAUUUUGAGAACCUGGCGGAGGAUGUGCCCGUGGUGAUGCAGCGCCUGAAUCGCUCCAUCACGUCUGAAGCGUUCUCCAUUGGGAAAUCAGCGCACCCCACGAAUGCUCGCGACAAAUUCCUUGAUCUAUUCGACAAGAAAGCAUAUGACGAAGCAGUUGAGUUUCUCUCCAUAGACAUGAAUGUGCCACUGAAUAACAUAUCUUUUUACCGGUGCGAAAUGUCUGCGGAAGGAUCCGACGCGGCGGCAGCCGCGCAGGCUGCACCAGAGACCUCUACUCCCGCUCCCGCUGCUGACGUGGAUCAGCUUGCAGGAUCGUUCAAUGGGAUGACAUUGGACGAGCGGUACGCGCUGGUGCGGAGCGUGGGGGAGGAGUGCAUUCAGGAGGACGAGCUGCGAAACCUGCUGCUCAAGAAGAAAGAUCCGGUCGCGUAUGAUGGAUUUGAGCCGUCUGGUCGCAUGCACAUCGCACAGGGAGUGAUGAAAGCCCUGAAUGUGAACAAGCUCACACAGUCAGGGUGCAUCUUCAAGUUCUGGGUGGCUGACUGGUUCGCGCAGCUGAACAACAAGAUGGGCGGCGAUCUCAAGAAGAUCCAGACCGUCGGUCGCUACAUGAUGGAGGUGUGGCGCGCAGUGGGCAUGGACCUCACGCGCGUGGAGUUCCUGUGGUCUUCCGAGGAGAUCAACGGGCGCGCAGGGGAGUACUGGCCUCUGGUUAUGGAUAUCGCCCGGAAGAACAAGCUCCCUAGGAUUCUCAGGUGUUCACAGAUCAUGGGGCGCAGUGAGACGGACGAGCUGUCAGCCGCACAGAUCUUCUACCCCUGCAUGCAGUGUGCCGACAUCUUCUUCCUCAAGGCGGACAUCUGUCAGCUGGGCAUGGAUCAGCGCAAGGUGAAUGUGCUGGCGAGAGAGUAUUGCGACGACAUCAAGAGAAAGAUGAAGCCCAUCAUCCUCUCCCACCACAUGCUGCCCGGGUUGUUGCAAGGGCAGGAGAAGAUGUCAAAGAGUGACCCCAACUCUGCAAUCUUCAUGGAGGACGAGGAGGCUGAGGUAAAUGUGAAGAUUAAGAAGGCGUUCUGCCCGCCAGGGGAGGUGGAGGGCAACCCGUGCAUUGCCUACGUGCAGUACAUUGUGCUGCCCUGGUUCAAGCAGUUCGAGGUGGAGCGCAAGGAGGAGCACGGAGGCAAUGUCAUCUACACUGAUGCAGAUCAGCUGUGUGCAGACUAUAAGGAGGGUAAACUCCACCCAGGUGACCUCAAGCUGGCCCUUUCCAAAGCACUCAAUAAGAUUCUCCAGCCUGUACGAGACCACUUCAAGACAAACCCUGAUGCAAAGAAACUGCUCGCACAAGUGAAGAGCUACAAGGUUACAAGGUAG